AUGCUUUGUCAUAAGCAGCCACUACUUCAAACGGUUUUUAAUACGAAACCACUCAAUUUGCUCCCGUCACCAUCUCUUAUGGAGGCCGCCGCCGUGGGCGUUACCGUUGCACACCCAUUCAAAUCCAGCUACAGAGCGAUGCGCUGGCUACUCCUGCUUCUUGCCAGCUACGGGGUUGGUGAAUGUUCCGAGAUAGGCGAUGUGUCUCCAUUUGGCGAGUGUUUUGGCAGCUAUAAACCAGUGUUCAUGCGAAUAUCUGGUUCAUUCCAAGAUGAACGGGGUUUGAAAAUCAAGGCUAGCAUGCCAGCCUGUGCUUCGAACUGUCGUCGUAACCUAAACCCAUUUACUGACACGCCAUUCCCUUGCCGUGGCUUCAACUUUCGACCAGGAAAGAAUCCGGAAUGUCAACUUUUCAGGUUUAAUAAUGAAACGGCCAAAGCGAGGAUUGUCCAAAGUAAACACCCAUCGUUCUUCUUUCAGAAGUCAUGUCUAAGAGUGCCUCCUCGAUGCGCAGAAUCUGCUUUCGUGUUUGAUGUAAAGCGAGGAUACACUCUACGAUCCACUUCAGAAUCCAGACAGGCGUACAGUGCAGAGCAGUGCGCUGACAUAUGCAUCGCUGAACAGUGUGGAGCUUUUGCUUGGGAUGACAUUAAUGGGAAAUGUGGAUUUUUCAACUCUUCUCGAAGAUACGAUUUGUACCGAAACGACAGUAUAACCUUCUUUGAAAACAAUUGCCUCAAUUCUGAGUCACGCUGCCCAGAUGGAAGAGUUGAGUUUUUUAUGGUUAAACGUGCGGAUGUUCCAUCUUUUGGUGUUUCUGUUGGUGCAAGGACCCUAAGGAAUUGCAUGAAAGAAUGUGUUGAUACGACUUUGUUCAAGUGUAAGUCAUCACAGUUUGAAUCAGUAACUGGGGAAUGUUUUGUGUCUGAUGAAGCAUCGGAUGUGGCAGUUUCGUCGACAAACCUAGAUAUGUACGAACCGUAUUGUUCGACUGUCGCUAAAGAAACAACGAACUGCAUCCGACCGUACUCAUAUGAAAAGUUAAUCACAUCGCGGCUCACUGAGACUGCAAAUAUUCGGGAAAUGAAAAAUACAUCGGUGGAAACAUGUCUCUCCGAAUGCACAGCUUCUAAACACAGAUGCCGAUCAGUGAAUUAUGACGUUAGCAAGAAAAGCUGUUACUUGUUAUCCAAGAGCAGAUUCGAUGGAGUCAUCCCUGUUGGAGACGACAUGUACGACUACUACGAACAAGCUUGCCUAGAAAAAGAGAACGGAACGAUUGAUGAUUUCAUGCUCAUGGAAGUUAAUCGAACACUUCGACAGGAGUUCCGUAACGUUCAACUCUUACAAACUGGAGAUCUGACAACGUGCUGGUUUUCGUGUCGUAAUGCGACGGCAUUCUUAUGCCUUGCCUUCGCUUACUCAGCAGCCAGAAAUGAGUGUGUGGUGUCUUCCGAGACGGUCGAAUUUGGCGAAAAUUAUGAGAAGUUCACUCAAAAAAGCCCUAUCUUCGAUCUCUAUAUUCGAAAUGGUGAUUUCGGAAAGAUACUGACCACUUCAAAACCGAAGAGUUUGGAGCCGUUCCCGACUCUCGUCCACGAUUCAGCACUGAGACAGGCGUUUGCUGGUGAAGAGGCGACAAUUUUCGACUUGACCAGCUCGCUUUUUGUCGAAGACAAUGGUAUCAAAGAAAGGAAAGAUCCCGCUGCAGCUACUACAGUGUCAACGAAGUUAGAAGGCUCCUCCACUGGAUUCUCACCCAAUCAUCUAGCGCGUGACAAAAGUGUAGGGGUGAAAAAGGAGAUGUACUCCGGGUCCAGAGAAUCUCUGGGACCGAACACUUCAGAAUAUGAUCUGAAAAAUAACAUCCUCACUGCUGACCCAGAGCUUCAACAGUUGUCUGACUACGAGUCCAUUCCGCGCCUAGCAUUGCCAUCCGAACGAAUCGGUUUUGUUGAGCCAGAAAAGGUAAAAGUUCGAGCCGAAUGUCACGAAACCGGAAUGAACGUAUCGUUUAAUCUCGAUGGAAAACACGAGCAGUACACCGGAGCAGUAUACGCAGCGGAAAGGUUUGAACAGUGCCGGAUAUUCUUGAGGUCAUCAAAACAGUUUGCAAUUUUCAUUCCACGACCACAGCACAAUACUUGGUGCAAUGCAUUAGAAAUAGAUAAGGUUAUGUCAGUAGUGAUCGUGAUGUCAAAUGACCGUGUCUUACCGCAUGACGUCACCACAAAAGAUGAUCUCUUCUUCCACGUCACAUGCAACUACUCCACGCCAAUGAUCAACAAAAUCAGACAGGGGAUCGUUGUAGGGGGCCCUUCUCCAGUGGCUAUUACGUCGAAAGAGCUGAAUCGUCAUAUUUUCUUACAAAUUAUGAAGAAAGGGCGUCCUGUAGAUAGUGUAUUUAUUGGAGAAGCACUUGUUGCCCGUGUUGAAAGUGACAUUUCGCCUGAGCGUCUUCGUGUUAUGGAGUGUACAGCUCAUCGAGUCGGCGGGUCAGGGCCACCGACAUCUGUGACGCUCCUAGCAGAUGGGUGCGCCCUUCUUCCUUCCUUAAUGGCACCAAUGCAAAUGGGUAAACAAGGCUGGGAGUCGACUUUGUCAGCGUUCCGUAUCGAUGGAAGUGAGCAAGUCGACAUUGUGUGUCUGGUCGCGGUUUGCCCGGAUGAAGGUUGUCCAAAUGUGAUAUGCCCACCCAGUAAGGAUCGCAGGUCUCGUUCUCUUGCAGAGAAGCAUCCAAUACGUGUUGAUCACCGCCUAAUUGUGAAGGCUAGAGCUGCUGACAGCUUUCAGAAGGAUAGUAGAACGUUCCCAGAGGUGUGCUUGCAACCAACUGUCUAUUUGUCUGGACUUGGUUUGUUAGCAUUGUCCUUGGCUGCACUAGCGGUGUCAUUGUGUGUGGGAGCCAAAAGACGAAGCGAUUCUGUGGAAGAUCUCUUAUCGAUCUCUCAGGUCUCCACGCAGCAAAAGGAUGUGGGCGCGAAAUACAUCAAGACUUUGUCACUGUGA